AUGCCGCUCUCUAAUAUCGAGACAGGCAAGCCUGUGCGCUCAGCCAUCACCACGGCAUUGGUAGUUGUAUCGGCCAUAUUCCCAGUGCUGUCAGCAAUCGCUAUCGGCCUCCGAUUCCUAUCUCGAAGAAAUGCUCGCCGCCCAGUCUUCGCCGACGAUAUAUGGGUUAUUGUUGCUUGGAUAUUCACAUUCACACUUAGCAUUCUAGUCUGGGUUUUCACCGAUAGGUCGGGUAUUGAUUAUUAUAAAAUCGAUCCCAACCAGGGCACCUCGUACUCUCUUGAGGUUAGUUUGCCGGAGUACCUCAAUCUCACGGCGCUGAAGAGAAUUACUCUACAUUUGAAAUACAAUGCUAACUUACCUGGCAUGGUCGUAAUUGAUCUACCUCUCAUCGUGCUUAAUCCAAUUCCCUCUCGCCACAGUGAAGAUAUCCAUUCUUCUCUUCUACAGGCGUAUCUUCUCUCCUCGGCCAUUCCGCAUCGCCGUCUGGGUUGCUAUUGGUAUAGUCUCGAUAUGGUGUCUUAUAUUCUGGUCCUUACCCAGGUGGACCCUAUUAAAGACUCGUGGAAGGGAGGUCGGUUGAGAUAUGAUUCGACAGCGUUGGGACUCGCGCAGGUUGGCAGUAGCAUCGCGCUUAACUUCGUUGUCUUGUGCCUCCCGCUUCUAGUCAUAUUUCGCAUGCACAUGACACCUCAGAGAAAGAUUGCCAUUGCCCUGAUCUUCUGGCUUGGUGCUUUCUGCUGUGUCGCUGCUAUUGUCCGGCUGGUGUUCUUAGACCAGUCGGUCCGGGCGGUGGUCGAGUCCGAAAACAACGUCUACCUUCAAUCCAAACAAUUUAUCUUCCUGAUCCUCGAGCCAAACUGCUCCAUCAUUGCGGCCUGUCUGCCCUGCUACGGCCCCCUAUUCACAGGUGGCCGCGCGCCCGAGUCGAUGGUCCGUAGUGUCCGCUCUGCACAUAGUCUUCGAAGCCUCGAAUCGAAUGGAACUCCUAAAGAAAGCCAAAGUCACAGCGACUCCAACCCGGAACAUGAGGGGCUUCCAACACUAGACUCGCAUAUUGAGCUUCAAAUUCAGCAUAGGUCCGGCGAGGUCCAGCAGGAUAUACACGAUAGCCUUAAUGAGGGAUAG